UCCCAAUCUCCUAAGUCUUUUCCCUUUUGUCAUUCUCCUUUUGUCAUCUUCUUUCCUACUCGCCAUUUUUGCGCUUCAUAUCCCUUUUUGGUGUUUUUUUUUAUAUCGCUUCCGAAGACACCCCCAGAACAAACCAGAACCCGCUCCCAAAAAGCAGCCAGCCACUAGCUAUCAUCAUGCUCGCCAAGGAACUCCUCGUCGUCACCGGACUCGUCGUCUCGGGCGCCGUCAGCCUGCCCCUGAGUGCCACCGCCGAGGCCCCGGCCAUCCUCGAGCGCGACCUGAGCAGCGACAUCAAUGCUAUCGCUCUAGAGGCUCGGGCCCCCGUCAGGGGGAAGAAGGAUCCCGCCAGCGUUCCCCAGAGCCAGUGGGCCAACCCCUUCCUCCCACAGGUGGUUGACAAGCCCAAACCCAAGAUGCCCGACAUGGAGGCGGGCUGGAGCAAGCCCAGAGAGUCCACGUCCAAGGCGGGCUCCGACAAGCCGCCCAAAGUCCCCAAGAAGAACGGCAAGCGCGACGUAGAGAAGGCUGAGGCUGCCGAGUACGACCAGUAAUCACUUAUUAGGACAUCUCGCGGCUCGCUGCCUCUUCCCAAGGCCCGGAAUCCUCCAGGCCAACCCGGUGUAAACCCUCCCCUGCGUUUGCUCCUGUUGUUGCUUUUUGUCCAUACAUGGCCGCGAUGGUCCAGCUUUUUGUUUGGUUUUUGGUUUUUAGUUUUGGUUUUGGUUCAUUCUGGUGUAAAAAGGGGGAUUAAGGAACGCAAAAUUUAUCGUCAAAGGACCUGUAGGCAAAGUAGCUAGCCCGCUAAGCAAGGGAUUACUCUUUGUUCUCA